AUGGCGGGGAAGCCCAAGCUUCACUACUUCAAUGGACGAGGCAGAAUGGAGUCCAUCCGGUGGCUCCUGGCUUCAGCUGGAGUAGAGUUUGAAGAGAAAUUUAUAAAUACUCCAGAAGACUUGGAUAAAUUAAAAAAUGAUGGAAGUCUGAUGUUCCAGCAAGUGCCAAUGGUGGAAAUUGAUGGAAUGAAGCUGGUACAGACCAGAGCCAUUCUCAACUACAUUGCCACCAAAUACAACCUCUAUGGGAAAGACAUAAAGGAGAGAGCUCUGAUAGAUAUGUACACAGAAGGUAUAGUAGAUUUGAAUGAAAUGAUCAUGGUUUUGCCUCUAUGCCCACCUGAUCAAAAAGAUGCCAAGAUUACUCUGAUCAGAGAGAGAACAACAGAUCGUUAUCUCCCCGUGUUUGAAAAAGUGUUAAAGAGCCAUGGACAAGACUACCUUGUUGGCAACAAGCUGAGCAGGGCUGACAUUCACCUGGUUGAACUUCUCUACUAUGUGGAAGAGCUUGACUCCAGCCUUCUGGCCAACUUCCCUCUGCUGAAGGCCCUGAAAACCAGAGUCAGCAAUCUCCCCACCGUGAAGAAGUUUCUGCAGCCUGGCAGCCCAAGGAAGCCUCCCUUGGAUGAGAAAAGUUUAGAGCAAGCGAAGAAGAUUUUCAGGAUUAACUGAACAGGAAUGGAUGCC